AUGGUGGCUGAAUACCUGCAAGAAAGAACGCAAUCCCAGCCAGAGAACCCAUUUGCGGCUCUCAUCCCCGACCAGCAGAUAGCGAUCAUCCCCGAGUUCACCCUUGAGUCGGGUAUCACGCUUUACAAUGUCCCUGUCGCAUACACGACGCGGGGCAGACUAUCCGCCAACGCCGACAACGCCAUGGUCAUCUGUCAUGCGCUCACUGGCAGCGCCGACGUGAGCGACUGGUGGGGACCGCUGCUUGGAGGGCCCGGGCGUGUCUUUGACACGUCUAGGUUCUUUGUCGUGUGCAUGAACAGCCUGGGCAGCCCGUACGGCACGGCGAGCCCCGUCACGGCCAAGGACGGCGACCCUGCCAAGGGACGUUAUGGACCAGAGUUUCCCUUGACGACCAUCCGCGACGAUGUCAACUUGCACAAAUUGCUCCUCGACGACCUCGGCGUCAAGCAGGUGGCCGCCGUAAUCGGCGGAUCCCUCGGCGGCAUGUUCGUGCUGGAGUGGGCGUACUUUGGCAAAGACUACAUCCGGUGCAUCGUGCCCAUCGCCACGUCGAGCCGGCACAGCGCGUGGGGCAUCAGCUGGGGCGAAGCGCAGAGGCAGAGCAUCUAUGCGGACCCCAAGUACGACGACGGGUACUACCCCUUUGACGACCCGCCGUCGACGGGCCUGGGCGCCGCACGCAUGUCGGCGCUCCUGACGUACCGUAGCCGCAACUCGUUCGAGGCUCGCUUCGGGCGCAACAUCCCCGACCCUUCCAAGGUGCAAACCAUCCGCGAGCGGCCGCGGCCCAGCACGCCGUCCGAGGCGCACUUCCACAUCCACAACGACGGCCACAACGUCAAGCGGACGGCGCUUUCGCGUACGAGCAGCGGGGCGAGCGGCUCCCCGGAGACGCCGGGGGCACAGGGAUCUGGAGGAGCCGCAGCGACGGCGGCACAGAGUGCAACGCCUGCGGAGUCGCCUGAUCCUCAGUUCCACGGUCCACAAAAGGGCAGCCUCACCGGGGGUGAGAAGCUGCCGACGUCGACGUACUUUUCGGCGCAGUCGUACCUGCGAUACCAGGGGACAAAGUUCGUCAAGCGCUUUGACGGCAACUGCUACAUCGCCAUGACGCGGAAGCUGGACACGCACGACGUGUCGCGAAACAGGGCGGCGACCAUCGCCGAGGCGCUAGCGCUGAUUGAGCAGCCAACACUGGUGCUGGGCAUCGAGAGCGACGGUCUUUUUACCUUCGCCGAGCAAGAGGAGAUUGCGCAGCACGUCAAAGACGCGCGGCUGGAGCGCAUCGACAGCCCCGAGGGCCACGAUGCGUUCCUUCUGCAGUUUGAGCAGGUGAACAGCUACAUCCUGGCGUUCCUUAAAGAGGUUCUACCGGAUAUUAUGAGCCAGGCGGGUAGCGCGCCUGAGGAGACGGGCGUCGGACAGCUGACCAAGUCGAGCACGUUUGGUGAGGCUGAGGUCGAGGACAUUACCGCGUGGUGA